AUGAUGUCCUACAUUAAGCAACCCCAUUACGCCGUGAACGGGUUAACGCUGUCCGGCCCGGGCAUGGAUCUGCUCCACACCGCUGGCGUUGGAUAUCCCAAUACCCCACGUAAACAGCGUCGGGAGCGCACCACCUUCACGCGUGCACAGCUGGAUAUCCUGGAGGCUCUGUUUGCCAAAACUCGCUACCCAGACAUCUUCAUGAGGGAGGAGGUGGCCCUCAAGAUUAACCUGCCCGAGUCCCGAGUUCAGGUGUGGUUCAAGAACCGUCGUGCCAAGUGCCGCCAGCAGCAGCAGCAGAGCACAGGCCAGUCCAAACCACGGCCCCCUAAAAAGAAGUCAUCUCCUACUCGUGAGGCCAACACUGAGGCCAGUGCCAACCCCACCAAUGGACCCUACAGCCCACCACCCCCUCCUCCAGGCACCGCCAUCACCCCCAGCUCUAGUGCUGCAAGCGCAACAGUGUCCAUCUGGAGCCCAGCCUCCAUCUCUCCGCUGCCAGACCCCCUGUCUGCCUCCACCACCCCCUGUAUGCAGCGCACCACCACCUACCCCAUGACCUACACCCAGGCCCCAGCCUACAGCCAGAGCUACGCAGGCUCCUCGUCCUACUUCACUGGCCUGGACUGUAGCUCCUACCUGUCACCCAUGCACCCGCAGCUGUCAGGAACUGGAGGCGCCCUGAGUCCCAUCACAGCCUCCUCAAUGGGUGGACCCCUCAGCCAGUCCCCAGCCUCGCUCUCCUCCCAAGGCUACACAGCUGCCUCGCUGGGCUUCGGAGCUGUCGACUGUCUAGACUACAAGGACCAAGCUGCCUGGAAGCUCAAUUUCAAUGCCACUGACUGUCUGGACUACAAAGACCAGAACUCCUGGAAGUUCCAGGUCUUGUAA